GACUUAUUUUGUUGAAGGACUCAUAGUGAAAAUGUGCCCUACUGUCAUUCUGAACAAUUAAGAUCAGUAUAGUAUUACAGCGAGUGAAAAACACGAUAAACUCGAUAAACUCAUCUAAAAUGUCUUUACGGAGUAUUAGUGCGUGUAGUUUGUGCCACAGAUUUCUUGUGGUGAAGUUACGGGGAAUGAGCACAGCUGCCAAACUUCAGCCUCACACAGAUUUCCUUAAAGGAGAACCUCAUAGAAAACACCCAGGAGUCACAAACCUGAAAACUCUACGUUUACCUGAAAAACUCCAGGUAGCAGCUCGCUCCAUCAUUCACCGAGCUCAGAUCAAGGGUCUGGAUGUAAAGGCCCAGAAUCUUGUGGACUUUUUAUGGAGUCGCAAACGAAAGGUGGAGGACGGAGCUUUGAGGCAGAAGGCUCUGAACCUGGAGAGGGAGCUGUGGAGCAAAGUCACAGAGAAACACAGAGAUGUCGAUGAACAACUUUUGGAGGAACGUAUCCAGAAGAAAGUGCUGUCAGAGUUGAGAAGAACCACAUAUCACUGGAAACAGCUCAAGUUCGAUGAGGAGCUGGGCGUGAUUUACAUGGCGGCUCGUUUAGCCGGAGGAUACGCGGCGGUGAGGAGAGCGCUCAAUGAGAUAAAAAAGAGAGAUGAGUCCUUCUGUCCUGAGUCUCUCCUGGACUUUGGAUCAGGCCUGGGAACAGUCGCCUGGGCGUCCCAUUCGUGUUGGCCGGACUCUCUGAAGGAGAUGGUUUGUGUCGACAGCUCUGGGCCCAUGAACACUUUAGCAGAGCGGCUUCUAAAAGGUGACAACGAAAAAGAAGAACCACACUUCAAACAUGUGUAUUUCAGACAGUUCCUCCCAGUGUCUCCAAAAGUGCAGUUUGAUCUGGUCGUCUCGGCGUUCACGCUCUCGGAGCUGCCCAGAGCAGUGGACAGAGAGGACGCAGUUUUCACUCUGUGGAGGAAGACGAACAGAUACUUGGUUCUGGUGGAGAACGGGACCAAAGAGGGACAUCAGAUUCUGAUGGAGGCCAGAGACACUUUACUGAAUAAACAGGAGAAGACGGUGCACGACUUCAGACCAGCAUCAACAUUCGCUCCUUGUCCUCAUGAAAUGAUGUGUCCAAAGCUGAACACAGACCCAGUGCUGCCCUGUAACUUCCAACAGAGAUACCACACGCUGUCCCUGCCCGGGCAAAUUUGUCACCUGACCGAAAAGUUUAGCUACGUGAUUCUUACUCGAACCGGCUCCAAAGUCUCUGCGGGACUAAACCGAGGUCUGGACUCUGGUCUGGACUCUGGUCUGGACUCUGGUCUGGACUCUGGUCUGGACUCUGGUCUGGACUGGGCCCGGCUCAUUGCUCCGGUUCUGCCUCGGACUCGACAUGUUCACUGUCGAAUGUGCUGCUCAGACGGACAGUUACAGCACGUGGUGGUGACUCCCAGGAAACACGGGAGAGACGUGUACAGAUGUGCGCGCAGCAGUGACUGGGGAGACCAGGUACCAGUGGUUCAGAUCAGAGACGGAGACGAGCAGAGUGGAUCUGAAGAGCCGUGACCAGAGUGGAUCUGAAGAGCCGUGAGCAGAGUGGAUCUGAAGAGCCGUGAGCAGAGUGGAUCUGAAGAGCCGUGAGCAGAGUGGAGCCGUUUAUGUGACUGUACGACCGAUUAUUCAGACAUUUAACACCACCAUGACAGCUCUACGUUUUAUGUAACAGGAGAUGGAGAUAGAACAUUAAAUACUGUUGAACAU